AUGCAGAGACAAAGAAGUAACUCGUUCCCCAUUGUCGAGGCUCUGGGAUGCUCAACGCCAGAAGCACUCCUCAUUCUGGCAGAGGGCAGAGCCGCAGUUCGGAAACGCCGAGCUCGACGCAACCAGUCGGUUGACGAUGAAGUCAACCGCCUCUUCAACCCCCAAGACCACAUCAAGUUCCUAGAAGGACUCGCCGCCCUGCCCACGCCUCAGGAUCAACCAUCCCCCUUUGACCCAAAAUACUCGUUGCACUCUCGGGUCCCAUCCGAUGCCACAGAUCACAGCACUUCAACCGUAGUGCCGCAUGUGAACGAUAGGGAGCCUCGGAAUCUCUCACCAACGCUAGGCGACUAUUCCGCCAACCUUGCCGCUUUCAUCAAGAACCAGCUCAAGUCGAUACCAACGUACCAAUCCAAUCAUCGCCCCACAUCAUCCCUUUCCCCCCGAUCAUGCCCGGAUCUAUCGUUUCCCAUGCAGACCCCUCCGUCACCGAACCCAUCCGGUCGGCGACAAUUCGAGGCCCCAAAGGCAAUCGAGAUACCCCCGGUGCGACCACCGAUGAAAAGCCAAUUCUCCGCCUGGAGCUCCACCGACGACGAGACAGACGACGAAGCGCUCCCCCUACCGGAAUAUGCAUUGCCCACUUCGGCAUGCAACUCCAAGGGAAGCAAGUACACGCCAUCCAUCUUAGGCUACUAUGAAACCUCGCAUAACAACUCGUCGUUUCUAUUUUCAUCAACGCCGCUAGAAGAAGAGUCAGAGCCCACUACGGCUAAAGCCUUCAAGUUUCCCGACCCGUCAGCACUACCUCGUUCGUCACCCGAUGAGCAAGAACACGAUGAUGACGAUGACGACGACGACGACGCUGCACACCAACACGACUACCCCUCUUCGUCUUGCCCCUCUCAGCCUCAGCUCACUUCCACGUCAGCGCCUUCGUACACGUCGUCUUCGGUGUCGAGUUCCAGUUACUUUGACUGCAAGCGACCUGUGGCUAUCACGCCGCAAAUGAAGGAAAGGGUGAUUGCGGCUGUCACGCCCCCGCAUCCACACAACAAGAGGCUUACCGCCGUGUCGCCUUGGGAGGGGAAUGCAUUUUCCAACGUACACGACGUGUAUGUUGAAUCGCAGCACCGCGUCAACGUCGAUGGCAUGUCUUUCGAUAUGCUCCGCGAUUUUAACGUGUCCAGCAGACUUACACCUUGCUGA